UAGAAAAACCAAUCAGCGUCUCCGCGGAUCCCAGUUAUAAAGUCUCCACCGACCCGCCAGGACUCUGCUUCUUCCCAGACCCAGAGGAUGCGAGUUAUGGGGCCGCGAACCCUCCUCCUGCUGCUCUCGGGGUUCCUGGUCCUGACCGAGACCCAGGCGGGCUCCCACUCGCUGAGGUAUUUCUACACCGGCGUGUCCCGGCCCGGCCUCGGGGAGCCCCGCUUCAUCGCCGUGGGCUACGUGGACGACACGCAGUUCGUGCGGUUCGACAGCGACGCCCCGAAUCCGAGGGAAGAACCGCGGGCGCCGUGGAUGGAACAGGAGGGGCCGGAGUAUUGGGAUCGAAACACGAGAAUCUACAAGGACACCGCACAGUAUUUCCGAGAGAGCCUGAACAACCUGCGCGGCUACUACAACCAGAGCGAGGCCGGGUCUCACACCCUCCAGCAGAUGUACGGCUGCGACGUGGGGCCGGCCGGGCGCCUCCUCCGCGGGUUCAUGCAGUUCGGCUACGACAGCAGAGAUUACAUCGCCCUGAAAGAGGACCUGCGCUCCUGGACCGCGGCGGACACGGCGGCUCAGAUCUCCAAGCGCAAGAUGGAGGCGGCCGGUGCUGCGGAGGCAUACAGGAACUACGUGGAGGGCCGGUGCGUGGAGGGGCUCCGCAGAUACCUGGAGAACGGGAAGGACACGCUGCUGCGCGCAGACCCUCCAAAGGCACAUGUGACCCAUCACCCCAUCUCUGGUCGUGAGGUCACCCUGAGGUGCUGGGCCCUGGGCUUCUACCCUGAGGAGAUCUCACUGACCUGGCAACGUGAGGGAGAGGACCAGACGCAGGACAUGGAGCUUGUGGAGACCAGGCCUUCAGGGGAUGGAACCUUCCAGAAGUGGGUGGCCCUGGUGGUGCCUUCUGGAGAGGAGCAGAGAUACACCUGCCGUGUGCAGCACGAGGGGCUUCAGGAGCCCCUCACCCUGAGAUGGGAACCUCCUCAGACCUCCUUCCUCACCAUGGGCAUCAUUGUUGGUCUGGUUCUCCUUGUGGUCACUGGAGCUGUGGUGGCUGGAGCUGUGAUCUGGAGGAAGAAGCGCUCAGGUGAAAAAGGAGGGAAUUAUAUCCAGGCUUCAGGCAGUGACAGUGACCAGGGCUCUGAUGUGUCUCUCAGGGUUCCUAAAGUGUGAGACACCUGCCUUAUGGGGACUGAGUGAUGCUUCAUCCCGCUAUGUGACAUCAGAUCCCCAGACCCCUCUUUCUGCAGCUGCAUCUGAAUGUGUCUGUGCUCCUAUUCGCAUAACGUAGGAGUUAGGGAGACUGGCCCACCCAUGCCCACUGCUACCCCUCCCCACUGCUGCCCCUCCCCACCCUGACCUGUGUUCUCUUCCCUGAUCCACUGUCCUGUUCCCUCAGAGAUGAGGCUAGACCAUGUCUAUCCCUGUCUUUGCUUUAUAUGCACUGAAUAAUGAUAUCUUAUUUCCUUAUUGAAAAUAAAAUCUGUAUAUAUGAA